UGACGGUUGGCUAAUUAUAAAUUGCUAGCUUGUUUUGUUUUUUCUUAAUUUAGAAGAAAGAAAUGGCGAAGCGGGUAAAAUAUAUAAUAUUCGUGUGCUUAUUCCAUCUUUUGCUGUUUGCGUUGGACGUUAGCUUGGCUGAAAAAAGUGAUGUAGCAACUCGUGAAAGCGGCGGAAUUGAAAUAAAGUGCGGAGAAGUCGAAGUGACAAUAACCGUUAAAAGACAGUUUUUUGAGAAGAAAGGUGUUCCGUUCAAACCUGAGCAUCUUCGGCUUGGAGCAAACUCAACCCAGAAGAGGUGUGGAGCGAAGGGACCGGCGGUUGACUCCGACAUGGUCAUCUCUGCGGGGCUGAAGGACUGCGGCACCGAGUCCCGUGUUCAUGGUGAUUGGCUAGUGUAUUCCAACCAGCUGGUGCUGACAAAUGCUGCGGUUCCAUCCUCUACAGGUAGUUUGAUAGUAAGAUGGGCAACUACUGUCAUACCCAUUGAGUGCCAUUAUAAGAGAAAGCAGACAGUGAGUGGAGAACCAUUAACCCCAACCUGGCUACCCAUGACAUCAACUAUCAGUGUCUUCGGCCUUCUGCACUUCUCCCUACGCACCAUGGCAGACGGCUGUCCCUCUCCUCGUAGUUCCUCAGUGUAUCAGCAGGGGGAAGCAGUGUUUUUGGAGGCAAGCGUGGAGGCCCCACUGCACCCUCCUCUCACUCUUUAUGUGGACUCCUGUGUCGCUACGCUGAAGCCGGACCCCCUCUCAUUGCCAAGCUACAAGUUCAUCACUAAGCAUGGGUCAAUAUUUUCUUCUGACUACAAAAAAUGUCUUAUGGACAGUGUGUUACCGGGGUCUUCAUCUAAGUUCCUCCCUAGGAAGCAAGAUAACAGACUAUGUUUCAGUUUCCAAGCCUUCCACCUCAACAAGGAGACUGUGGAGCAGAUGUUCAUCAGCUGCCACAUCAGAGCCACUCUGAAACAAAAGUCGCACAGCCAUCUUGAUAAAGCCUGCUUCUUCAAUAGGCCCACAUUCAGCUGGCGUGCCACAGAGGGAGACGACGCUCUGUGUGGAUGCUGUGCCUCUGAGGACUGCAACACUGGCCACACCACUCAGCUAAAUACAGAAGAGAAGCAUGAAGCGGACACAGCAGUUGGGCCACUUCACACCCUGCCGCGCUCCCAUUGGACAGGCCACCUGUCAGUCAAUCACUAAAGAGUAUUUUUCCUACUUUACACUUAGGUGGGUACAGGGACUGUUGACACCAAAACCAGGGGAUUUGGGUGACAGGGACGAUAACGAAUCCAUCUCAUAUUGUUUUUCUAAUGACGUCAUAAAAGUGGAAAUUUUGAUGCUAUUUUUUGGUUUUCCUGAUUUAUUUUAUACUCAUUAUAUGAUCUGAACCCUGGUGGCCUGUGCAUCCGUUUUUAACACAUCACAGAAGUAAGCCGACACAACUAUCCUGAGGAAGAUAGAACACUUUGGAAGAAGAGAUGAGCUGGCCAUAUUGUAAACAGAGUAUUACACUUCAUACAUCAAUGAAAGGCGGAGAGUUUUUUCACUCUGGCAAAAGAUGUGCUUAUCAUUUUGGACAGUGUCAGUUAAAUGAUACUACAUAAUUAUAUAAACUUUAGUAAUUCCAACUACAAUAUCACACUUCCAUGCUUUAUGCCAGCACAUUGAGCAAGUGCUGUUCUUGUUUUGCCUAAGGAUGCUCCUAAAUCAAAACUCUGUAAAGCAUACUUUGAGGAAAUUGUACAUGACCCGAGAUAAAACAAACACUGACCAAUUUUAACACUGAUGGUGGAAGUUACACAGUAGUCUUGAACCUUAUACUUAUUUGGUUGUCUCAAUAUUUAAAUGUUUUGGGCUGAGUAAAGUAAUCCUGUUUACAAACGAGCAUCUCCUUAGUGAAGAAUGGGUCAUUUUUCAGUCAGCCAUGUAAAUUGAUAGCCACGAAAAACAAAACCAUGAGGAAUUUCCACAAAGAGGCCAAAGAACUACAAUAGAACCCAAAAUAUCUUGGAGGCAAGAAGCGCACUAGAAUAAACAGAUAUUUGAGUAAGAAUGGGACAGCUCUGCAGCCAUACACUGCAUGCGCUUUACAUCCCCUGUCUGCAACAGAGACACUAGUUUAGUCCACUGAGAGGCAACGUGACAGAUCACAUGGGAAACCUGGAAGAUUUCAUGAGACAACGUCUUGCCUCUUGAUAUGUAUCCUGAUAAUGAACCUCUUUAUUCAACCAUUACAAAUUCAAUUUUAAAGAAGAUCUAUAUGCUGGUCUUUCUCUUAUCUAAUUAGUUGUGUAUUGCUCCAGAGAUCAGAAAGAACAAUGUAAUUCUCUUGUAUAGCAAGACAUUUGUGAAUGAAAUUGUUGAAAUAGCAGUCAAAGGAACUACUGUUGGUAACAUUUAGGAUUAGUUAUGAGCAUCCAGUUUGAGGUGUUAGUUAUAACGUGACAUGCCUGGCAUAUUUUAAACCACCCCGACUCAGUCGUACAGUAUUCUGACAGCUGUGUCUCUGAGUGGCCAAUUGAAAUUGUUAUUGAUAAGUAGUGUAUCAUAUUUAAAA